UUCCUCAAAGCAGGCGGAAAGCCCUGAUGAAGCACACGGAGAAUGCACGUGUGUGUGAAUGUAUCUCUAGAGCUGCCCUUUUUGGUUUUUAUUUCUAUCUUUUUUGCAAGUGGCUGAAUUUUUGAACCAAAUAAUAUCGCUCGUCACAAUUUUCCUGUGACUCUCGGGAACGUGCCGCGGAGUCUUCACUAUCUGCUAUCCAGUCCUGCUUUCUUCUCCCUUUAGCAGGUUGAAGUUCAUGAGUUCGCCCAGCCUCAGUGAUCUGGGCAAGCGAGAGCAGGCAGCCUUGGAUGAGCGGGGGAGCCAGCAGCGCCGGGCCUGCUCCAACGCCACCUGGAACAGUAUCCAUAACGGAGUAAUAGCAGUGUUCCAGCGGAAGGGCCUCCCGGACCACGAGCUGUACAACCUCAAUGAAGGAGUCAGGCAAUUAUUGAAAACAGAACUGGGAUCCUUUUUCACCGAAUAUCUACAGAAUCAGCUGCUUACAAAAGGCAUGGUGAUCCUACGGGACAAGAUCCGGUUUUAUGAAGGGCAGAAACUACUGGAUACAUUAGCUGAAACCUGGGAUUUUUUCUUCAGUGAUGUCCUGCCCAUGCUUCAGGCUAUUUUCUAUCCUGUGCAGGGGAAGGAACCCUCUGUUCGGCAGCUGGCUCUUCUGCACUUUAGGAAUAUCAUUACCCUCAAUAUUAAGUUGGAUGAUGCACUAUCACGUUCCAGAGCCAGAGUUCCACCUUCUAUUAUCCAGAUGCUGUUAAUACUCCAGGGGGUUCACGAGUCGAAAGGAGUUACUGAAGAUUACUUGAAACUGGAAUCCCUGAUCCAGAAAGUCGUUUCUCCUUACUUGGGCACGUAUGGCCUGUAUUCCAGCGACGGACCCUUCACACAUGCCGCCUGUAUUUUGGAGAAGCGGUACUUCAGGCGCUCCAAGUCAGGUGACAUCCUGGCCAAGAACCCCGUGGUGAGAUCCAAGAGCUACAACAACCCGCUGCUGACGCCCGUGGCCGAGUACGAGAGCGAGGCCAUCGCUGCCAACGGCACGGGCAUCCGGAGGCACUCCGUUUCCGAGAUGACCUCCUGCCUGGAGCUCCAGGGAUACUCCAAUCUCACCACUAUCAUGGACAGUGGUUCCAAGAGCUCCGUGACGGCCACAAAGAACUCGCUCUCAGGAGACCAGGAAAGGUCUGGCGCUGGUUCAGUGCAAUGUUCCAGCAAACUCAACGCAGCUGAGCCACCACAAAAAGGACUGUUUCACCCUAUGGAUGACCCACAUAGGUCUUUUGAGCUGGACAGGGACCCUGCCUUGAUUUCGGUUCCUUCUUCCAGCCCUGAGAAUAUAGUGGAUCAGAUUUUGGAGUCCAUCGACUCCGAUUCUGAAGGUAUUUUCAUAGAUUUUGGCCGAGGCUGUUCCAAUUCGUCGGCCUACAACGUGGACGUGAACAGACAGAGCAUCAUGUGAAGGUGACGUCAGGGGACAGAGCUUGGGUUUUAAUAUAUUCUACAUGGAAGUUACUAAUGCGAGCAGUCAGACUGUGGGUGAGCUGUGUAUGCCUAGGGACCAGCCCCUCAGGUGCAGGUCACCACCACUGCACUGAAAUACACACUCGGAACAGGUGACAAGAGGUGGGAACAGGGGAGAAAAACCCCCGGCACCUCGGUACCCACCUGCUCUGCGGUCUCAUUUCUUACUGUCUUUCUAAACAUGGAGAUUCACAAACUGAAAGGUGUCUGGCAACUUGCUCUUAGUGCUCCUGGCAAUGUUUGCUCGGUAAGAGAGCCUACCAAACAGCUGUGAUCACUUUUACCUACUUCAAGAAAUUCCUGUAAAAGUUCAGGUUGUUCUCUGGACAGUAACAUCUCAGGCAGAGCACAGAAACAUAUUCUUAAAAAAAAAAAAAAAAAAAAGAAAAACCAAAAAGCAAAGUUUGUGGCCCUUCAUGCCACAGAAAACAGUGGUAAAGAAGUCUUUUAAUCUUUUACUGUACAUCUUGUAUGCACUCCCAGUGAUGACUAGAGCCCUUGGGAAAGGCAAAUAAACAGAAACGUGCUACCUGAUGCCAUGCAAAGGCUCUUGUCUUAAUGUUCUGUUUCCCAGCCAGUGCCUUGUGCCUGGGAGAGCAUUGUCUUCAAACUGGCCCUUAGGACCGUGUUGCAUUGCCCUGGGUGUACUUAACAUGGCACUGCCAGGAAUUCUGUGCACCGUCAGCUCCUGCGGUGUCUGCUGUGU